CUUUAGUCUAUGUCUAUAUAAUGGGCGAUUGAACUGAUGUCAUCAUUUUCGUUUAUUUAAUUAAAACAAUUGAAACUCGAGAAAUUAAACUUGCUUACACUUACAAGGUGUUUUGAAUUCAGUGUUGUAUAUAAAGUAUUCAAUGAUUUGAUUGUUAUAUCCCUCUGUGCUCAAGAACCUUCAGUGAGGCCAUGUUUACAAUCAAUUAACUAGGAAGUAUAGCUUUCCCUAACCAGAAGAAAAUUUGCAGUACCAUGUCAGGUACAGAGCAGAACUUGUUGAACUCUUUGCAACAAUUGUCUGUUCAACCAACACACAGUGGGCACACGGAGAAACCUACCCAGGUGGUGACCCCAGCUGUGAAGCAAUCUACAGCAAAAGUCGCUCCUGUGAAGGCCACCACAGUAUCUCCUGCUAUUGCUACCAUUGACCGCCUGUUGACUCUUGGUGGUAACCUCCCACCACCUCCGCCUGUCAUCACAAGGACCUCAGAAAUGGAUCCCCACACUGUGGAACAGCUGCGUGCAGUCAAGGAGCUACUCACAACGCAAGAAGAAGAAGCUCAAAGCCUCAGAGAGAUUAACCAUGACUUACGAGAAAGACUAGAAGAGUGUGAAAAUAAAAUAAAGAAGUUGGCUGAGCAAAAUGAGGAAUAUGCUGAAAAAGAGAAAUCCUUAUCCCAGCGUGUUGCAGAAAAGGUGAGGAACAACAAACAAAUGAGUGUGGUUAUGGAGGAAUAUGAAAGAACAAUUUCAUCAUUGAUUGGAGAAAGAGAAGCAGAGUCUAAAAGAUGGGCCGAAGAGAGAUCCACACUUGUGAGAGAGAGAGAUGAGGCUGCAGCCCACCUCGGGUCUAUGGAGCAUGCAUUCAAUGAUGUGCACACCAAAUAUGAGAGAUGCAAGGCCAUAAUCCAAGGAUAUAAGAGUAAUGAGGAGACUCUGAAAAGGACUGUAGAGGAGAACAAUGAUGCAAUUCAGAAACUUGAGGCAAGAUAUGAAACACUGAGGCAGCAUGCCAUGCAACAACUUAAUAAGGCUAAUACAGAGUUGGAUGCUGUUAAAAAAACUCAUCAUACAGAAAUACUUAAACUGAAUGCUAUGUUGAAGAAGAGUGAGGUCCAUGCGUCCUCCUUGCAGGAGUCUUUGGCACAGAAGAUCAAAGAUAAUGAGGAACUUACAGCCAUCUGCGAUGAGCUUAUCAACAAGGUUGGUUAAACCAAACAGUAGAUUUCUACAGUCUACACUAUCAGCCUAAAUACUGUGUAAUUUAUAUUGUAAGUGCAGUCCAUGAUUAUUAAGUAAUUAUUAUGCUGAAAAUCAAGAACUCUACAGCCAAAUGUUCAAUUGUACAUUGUAUUUUGUACACAGUGAAUUUGAAUAUUGUAUUAAUAUCAUAUUUGGUAAACAAUUUGAUUUAGAAAAAUGAAAAAAUGCCUUUAUGUUGUAUUUAUAAUAAUCUGAUUUUACUGUACUCAUUCAUCAGUAUGUAUGUAAUGUUACCAUUUGUCCUGCAAUA